UAUGUGCAUAACAAAUUUCGUGCUUACAAUUUCUAUAGCGGCGUGAAUUUUUGUAUACAACAAUUCUACCAAAUAAUGUGUGAAUGCUAUACGUGAACAUAAAUUAAACAAAUAUACUUUGUGAUAAAAGAGAAUUACAAGUUUUUUCAAAAUGUCUGCUGGUUGCUCCCAUUCACGCCAAAGACAAUUUUUACGCUACGGCGGCAGCAUACAAGAAUUGCGUGAGCAAUUACAUCAGGAAAUCGAAAACAAAGUAAAACGUUGUUCUAACACCACCUACGAAUGUUCAAUACCACGUGUUGAUGGCUAUGAAUAUUGUAUGCGUCACAUUCUACAGGAUCCGUGUGGAAACUUUCGUCAAUGCACUUUUAUUUAUGCCAACGGACGUAAAUGUGCCAAUGCACUACAAAAACAUGACAUAAAAAAAGAUCCUGCACUGACAACGCUCUGUUUCGAACAUAAUCGUCAAGCGCAGUUACAAAAAACGCACGCAACAGUUGGAAAAUUGAAGCGCACCGAUACCAACGAAGUAUUGUUAAACAACUUAGCGCAUCACAUCAAUGUUGAAGAUGUGCAACCAGAGGAGCCAAUUGCAGAGCAAGAUGAAGAAAUUGAUGUGGUAUCACCGCAUGUGGCACCAUUUGUUGCGUACGAUCAGGUAAAUAGCCUUAAUACUGCCUUAUCCAGCAUGCAGCAGAGACGGCGCAUACUGGAUUAUGCAUCUGAUAGCAAUAGCGAGGAUAACGAACAGCCCAGUAUAAACAACACUGCACGUGGUUAUGAAUUCAACGAGUCCGACGAUGAUAGCGCAGACUCGGCACCUGAAGAUUUAUUAAAACAUGCAAGUAUUUAUACACGUGAAGAAGCGGUGCGUAUUGCAGAAGCGAAACUCACAAAACUGCAAGGCUUAUAUAUUGAUCAAAUCAAUAGUUUGCAUCACACGCUCAAGGAACGUCGGCGUCGAUAUUUACAAGCUUUACGAAAAGAACGUGAAAUGUUAUGCAGCAUACAUGAUCAAUUGAAGGACUCGCCGCGCGAACGUAAACUCUACGAUCAACUGAAGGCGCUUAACACAUAUCAUCGACGUUAUGGCGUUGAAGCAGUGCUGUAUAAGAAAUUCAAAGAAAAGCGUUCGCGCGCUACAGAUGGUUAUGCACAUAAAGGUCCGGGUUUUACUAAAUGUGCCUUCUCUGAGGGUGGUGUUAAGUGCGGUGAACGCGCAAUGCCAUGCUGUAAAUACUGCCGCAAACAUAUUAUGGAAGACAAAAAACAAAUACUUUUCCGCGCCUGCGAGGUGGAAAAGAGCGGUGUUGUGUGCCAGGAACCAAUACCGUGCAUCUUUGACGAUGCAUCGACUUGUAUCUUGCAUUUGUCUAUGCCCGCCCGACGUCAAUUUAUACAAAAGGAUUACCCUAAAUAUGCUCCCGUAUCGUGAAGGAGCGCAAUACAGGGAAAGGGUAAUUUAAGACUGUGACGUUGUGAAAGCAAAAUAAACACAUGCUUAAAUAUAAUAUUAAUAUAAUUAAAUUAAAUGUCCACUUAAAAUGUUAAUUAGCAUUGCUUUUACUAUGGCCAAUAUGUAUGUGUAAUGUGCGAAAAGCGUUUCAAAUAUAGGUACUAAUUAUAAUCACGAAAAGAAUACAAAAAAAAAACUUAAACAAUAACAAAAGUUUGCACAACCAAUUAAUGGAACUUAAUCGUUAAGUAAAUAGUGAAUCUCACUAUAUCAAUAUUAAUAGUAUCUACCGAUUACACAAUGUUUUUCU